UGUCGUCCCGUCACGUCAUCUCCGUUCCAAUUAUGAACUUUUUGUGCGCGUGUCUUCAUUGAAUUGGUGUGAUUUUGUAAGGUUUCCACGUUGACUUUGAAAUGGUAUUGUGACGUUGGGUUGAGCGUGGUUUUUGUGUUGGAUAUUGUCAAGAUGAUGAUGGAUCAGGCGCACUUCGGGGAGUAUCUGCUGAGGCAGCAGAUGCUGCACGCUGCAUCUCUCAGUGGAUUGCAACAUCGCGUGGGCGCGGACGCUGAGCCGCCGGCUUGCGAGGCGCGCCUCCUCAACGGCGACCUGUGGAGGAGAUUCCACGACAUAGGCACUGAGAUGAUCAUCACCAAGGGAGGACGCCGAAUGUUCCCCUCCCUCCGAGUGUCGCUCGCCGGGUUAGACCCUCGCGAAGAAUACUGUGUCCUUCUGGAACUUUCCCUGGUGGGUCGCCGGCGCUGGCGCUGGGCCGGGGGUCAGUGGGCCGCGGCGGGGGGCGCCGAGCCCCAGUCCCCAAGAAGACUGAUGCUGCACCCGGAUUCGCCUGCCCCUGGCCAUCACUGGACCGCCAAUCCGGUGUCAUUUAGCAAGCUUAAACUGACCAAUAACACUAUGGAUGCACAAGGGCAUAUGGUGCUAACCUCGAUGCACAAGUACCGUCCCCGCGUGUUGGUUGUGCGGGCUCGGGACGCCGCAGCCCUGGCGUGGGGCGCUCCGCAUGCAGCCUUCUCAUUCCCGGAGACCGAGUUCAUUGCUGUCACUGCCUAUCAGAACGAUCGUAUCACGAAGCUGAAGAUCGACAACAAUCCGUUCGCGAAGGGUUUCCGCGCGUGCGGCCAGUCCAAGUGCAAGCGGAAGAGUGUGGACACCGCAGCCGACAGCGAACCGGCCGAGUCCAGCGAACCCAAGCGGCCUUGCUCCGACGCCGCGUCGUCAUGCUCUGAAGAAGGCAGCCUCAGAUCGUCUUCACCGAGAUCACCGCCUUUAGUAGAAUCCCCUGCGCCAUUAGUAGCUCCACCAGAAAAUAUUACGCCUCCUCCAGCUCCGAUGUACCCUCCUGAGCUGCAAUAUUUAAGCCCUCUUCACAUGCCCAUGCCUUUAGGUCUCUGGCCAAGCGCAGGCAUGCCCGCAGGCUUCGCGUGGGGCCCUCACCUGCCCCCUCCUCCGCCUCGAGCGCCCUCACCACCCCCCGCAGCCCCCGCCCCAUGUCGUCGGAUCAAGAGCUUCACCAUCAGUGCCCUUCUUGGUGAAGGCUGAUUUCAGCAGAAUUAUUACAUUAUUUUGAUUAUUUGUAUUGUGAUGCUAUUCUUUAAUUGACUAUUAUAUUAUUCUUGAUAUGAAUUAGAGUUAUACCUAUAGCAUCAUAUACUAGAAUUAUGAUUUUGGUAAGAAGGUCGAUGUGGAAAUGAGACUGAAAAGUCUGAAAAGGGUGUCGAUGUAAACCUUUGGGCCGAAUCAGCAAUAACUUCUUAUAUUGUAAAUAGAACUAUUUAAAAUGCAAAAUACUUAUAUACUUGUGGUUUAGCUAUCAGGACCACGGACCUACCUCGUAGAAUAUAUAAAUUUGUUUUAUUUUAGUUAAUGUAUGUGAUAGCAGUGCCUUAACAGUUGAAUCGAUACUAUUUAUAGGCGUUAUUUUAUAUAACUUAUUGUAAGUAGGUGGUAUAUGAUAUAGGUAUGCAUGGAAAUAAAAUGUGUCACGGUAGCCUACACUCUGUUUUUCCUUACAAGUCCUAACAUGUAACAAAUGUCACAGUCCUUAUUAUACAAAGAAUUUUCUUGAAAAAAAAAUCCAGGUUGCACUCCGUGAGCUCCGGCAGAAGUGAAAACAAGAAUAUUAACGUUGUGCAUUUUUGACAUCUUACGAAUUUUCGAUCACGGUCACGCGUCCUGACGCGAGUUUAACAUUUUUUUAACCCAUCACAAAAAGUGCACAACGCCGCUGAAGAAGUUUUCACUUCAAAAAUACAAUUCAAAGCAUCAAAGCUAUAUAUUCUAAAGUAACAAAUUCAAACUCAAAAUAAAUUUAGUAUCAUAGUAUACAAAUGAUAUUAAUAAAGUCUAAAAUCACAAAGACAUAGUAAGAUUUUUUACAUAAUAAGGCAUGGGCGUAAAAAAUAAGGUUUAUAAGAAUAGACGGCGUGAAGGUUACCUAAUUAAUAAACUUUACCUGGUAUUUCAUGAACGGAAACAGGAAACCAGACUAAAAGUAAAUAUUUUCGUGCUGUAUUAUAAGAAUUUUCAUCUUCUGUCUAUCAAAAAAAAUACGACUAAAUAUAUAUAAUAGGCAUAAUAAAUAUAUAUAUUUGUAAUAUAGCCAUUAUAUGUAGUAAGUAAUAUUAUUUUAUAGAGUUAUUGUAUACUCUGCAAGAUUAUGUUGUACAUACAAAAUGUAAAUAUAGCGAAUGACAAUAAAAUGUUUAUGUAAUGUAAUGUUUUAUACGUGAAAUAAAUAUUAUAAAAUAUACUUAUUCUUUAAUUUAAAUUAUGUAUAUCUAGCCAUGGUAUUCAUAAAUUGCGCAUUAAGACAAUAGUAAUCCCACUUAAAAUUAUUAAUAUGAAGAAUACAAUUACAAAAAUUAAAGAAUUUAAUGAUCGAUUUUUUAACAAUUUA